UUAAAAAUAAAUGCGACAAGUGAAAGAGAAAAUCGCACACAUCACACGCCUUGUCUGACAAAAUGACAGGAUUCGAGUAGAGAGAAGAAGAGAAAAAAUACAGAACGAGAAAAAAAGAGAGACCAGUUGAUUUGUCGUGUUGGUUUCAGUACCGUGAAUUCAAGCACUCCGUUUUUCAGUGUGCAAGGGUCAACAUAUCCGUUAAUUGAUCGACCUUUAUUUUGAAUAAUCAUUUCUUUGUUUGUUCUGGAAUUCGUUGGUGUUCCUCCCAACACUCUUUUAAAAAAAGUACCAAAAAUAAGUUCUUUAUUCUCCAUUCUCAAACGAGAAAAUAAUUUUUAAACAAACGAUUUUUCAUGUGACUGUGAUUCCAUAUGGAGUAUAAAAAAAACUCGCUGCAGUGCCGAAACAUAAAUAUUAAAUUGUGCCAAAUAAAGUGAUUUUGUUUGUCUCUGGGUAUUGUUUCAUAUGACACAGAAAAUGUCCCAGAUUUGAGUGAGAAAAAAGAAAAAAAAAACACUUUUUUUUAUGAAGAACAGGUGAAAUGUAUAAGUAAAUACAUAAAAUUAACGUGUGUGAUUUAAAACGAAUUUAGAACGAAAGAAAAACAAAUUAAUUUAAAAAAAAAAUGGAUAACGGUGAUCAAACAGAAACAACAGAAAAUCAGGCAUCAGCUGAACAAACGGAAUCGAACGAUACGAAAACAAGUGAUACGAUUCCUGUGACAACCGAUGAAAUAACAGAAGCAGCAACGGAAGCUGUUCAUACAGCAACGACCGCAGCAUUGAAAGUCGUAAAUGAGAAACGUGAUAAUCAAUUAAUCACCUCCAAUGUCAAAGUGCAAAUUGAUGCUGAUAUUUUUACAGCAAAUCCCAUAACCAAUAAUAAUAGUGACACAAUUGUUACGAAAGAAAGCACUGACCCUGAGCCAAAUUGUAGUAUCGAUUUGGAAACGAGUCGGAUAGAGGCUAAAAAUAGUUCGUUGCCAGCAAUAACCACAACAACAACAACAACCACAAAUCAAUCUAAACAACAUUUGGAUACGAAAAACGAUGCUGUAACGAGCAAUACGAAUGUUGGAUUGUCUAGUUUGGAUGCGGCCCUAGACAAUUUAAAUGAUCAAGUAACAAGUUUACUGGACGAAGCACAGGCUUCGAAUAUUAAAAGUGAUUCACCCGAUGCACCGCUCGAUGAAGCAUUGGCUAUAUUGAAUAGUGAAGUAUUGGGCUUGCUAAAAGAAUCACGUAAAGUACAAGACGAAUUAAAAAAAGCCAGCAACGAAACGGACAAAAAACUUGGCACAAAUUCACGGUGCGGCUCAAGCCACGGCAUUGAUCAAAAGGACGGAAAUCAAUAUUUUGAUUAUUCACUAUAUCGAGAACAAAGUCAAAGUCCACCACCACAUCCAUUGAUUACGUAUCGAUGGGAGGAUAUUCGACGGGACAAGGAAAAGGGUGGUUAUCCUUGGACUUAUUUGCAUCCACAGGACGUUGCUGAGCAAUUGAAGAAGGCAGAAAUCACCGAGAAUAAAUGUGAGAAACUAUCAAAUGCAUCAGAAAGAGGUUCAUCCGAAAUAGUAUCGGUGACACAACAUUUGGAUCAAGCGGCCGCUAUUGCCCGUCAAAUUGAACAACAAACAUUAGAAUUACCAACACCAUUACUGUCCGAUUCAAAUGCACCACCAACUGAUCUACUUUCAUUCAAUUUUGAUAACAUUGAUACACAACGCGCUAUCGAUUCAUAUAGCGUUAAAAGUUCGGUAAAAAAUUCAUCGUCUGGCAUUUUGGAGGUAUUACAGGAUCUUGAAGCCGAAGAAGAACGUGAAAAUGAGCGAAAAAAAUUAAAAUCAUCAACAACACAAUCACAACAAGACUUAUCAACAUUCAAACCAAAAGAAGAAUCAAAACGUUUUGCGUUGCGAUCAUUUUUAAAACGAAGCCAUUCGGCACCAAAAAAAGUUCAAGUUGCCAAAACUCGAGCGGACGAUUUGGAUGAACGUGAAAAAUCACCGCAACAGGUAAAGUGUUGUCAUCCAAUUGUUGAAAAAUUAAAAACAAUGGCCGACAAACAAUUGCAUAAAAAAGGCGCACCGAAAAAAACGAAAGUAACAACCAUUAAAACGCUUCCAUUGCCCGAAAAAAAGAAAAUUGUGCUGACCGAACACACGCGAAUCAUUCGAUUGAAAGAUUCACCAAAGGCUGAACGAAAAAAUGUUGCUGCAUAUUUGGAGAAACGUGACAGUGAUGAUAUUGUGGAAAUUCUUCACUUGGAUGAAUCGCCAAGCGAAUCACGUAAACGGCGUGAGGAAAAUCGAAAAGUCGAAGAUGUAGAACGAGAACAAAAUAAAGAAGAAGAUAAACAACAGCAGCGGGAACCAGAAGCGCCAAAGGAAAAAGGUUUUGUGGUACCAUCUAAUUUAACUGGUUCAGAUAACGAACCAACCGUUGAAGAAUUGCUUGAAGAGGAAUUUAAAAAUGAUCCACCACAAAAAGCACCUCGUAAAACCAAAGAGCAUAUUUAUGAAGAAAUCGAAACACCCGGUGCCAUAACACAACUAAACGCUCAAAAACUUAAAAAACCGGGCAGCAUUUUUGCAAGCGCAGUUUUACAUUCGGUUUUGAAUAAAGAUGAAUUCAAAGAAAAUCUUCAAAAACAAAAUGAAUACGAAGACGCUGUAGAUGAACGGAUAAAACAAUUCGCAAAUUCGACUGAAACAAAAUCAACAGUUGAUGACAAUAAACCAAUACCGGACGAAGUUAUUGAAUUAAAAACGAUCGAAGAAAUUCUAACGAUUGAAACACAAAAGCUCAAUGAAGUAGAAGAAAUAAAGGACAAUGACUCAGCUCCUGUAUCUGAUAUUCAAAUUAAAAUCGAUGAAAGUGUUAAUGUAGAAAAAGAUGCAAAUGUAUCAGAAGAUGCUGCAUCGAAAGGGGACGGAAGAAAAGAUGUGUUAGUGAAGGAAGAGAAAAAAGUAAAAUUUUCACAGUCGACCGAAGAAUACCAAGAGAAAUUGGCAGCCGAAAAGGGUCCGGAUAAAGAGGAUGUUGAACUACCGGAGCACAUCAAAGUAUCCAAACGUUGGUCUGACUUGAGCGAUCACGAAUAUGAGCCCAUAGGUGAACCCAUACCAAAUACAAAACCAGAACAAAGCUUUGACCGGCCCGUUUUCACAAUUACCGAACCCGAAUCACCGACCACCGACGAAAAUCCAAAACCCGAUAUUGUGCACGAAGAACGAAUCAGUUAUGAUGGAAGCGAAAGUCCAAUUCGAUCGAUUACACCAUUCACUGAUGUUUCACGUACCGAAGAUAUACACACUAGUCAAAUUGAUGAUAGCGUUAUCGAAGAGUUACCACUACGACGAGAGGAUCGAAAAAAGAAAUCGUUUAUGACAAAUGCCGGCGAAACGACUAAAAACUUACAAAAUAAAAUUUCAUCGCAAGCAUCGAACUUACGAACGAAAUUCAAACGCAGUUUAAAAUCAAGCAAUGGAAGUGGCUCACAAAAAACGAGUGGCUCAAACUUGAAAUCAAGUUUGAAAUCCAGUCCGAAAACAUCACAAACAAGCCCAAAAGAACGAAAAAGAUUCAAACGCAUCGAUUUUGCUAAUAAAAUUAAAUCAAUUCACAUGCCAAAAAUGUCAAAACCCGAACUACCUAAAUUCAAAAUGCCCGAAAAAUUCAAGUUAUCAUCACGAAAUGACACACAGCCGGACAUGUCGGCUGAUGAGCCAACCACAAUGACCGUUGAUGAAACAUGUGGCCCAUCAGAAGAUGCACCAACUGUUGUUAGUGUAACAACGGAAGAAAUUUUUGAAUCGAAAACGGUCGGUUCAAAAAAACGCUUCGAAUUUGGCUCAUAUCCAAAAAUAUUCAAUCGUUUCAAACAACCACAACAGCAGCAAUCAACUGCCGAUGAUCAUGAUGUAACUGAUUUUGUGAGCGAAAGUACAGCCACCGAACGUGAUACGGCCACACAACCAUCGUCGUCAUCGUUUUCAACACAUUUUGCCACCGUACCGCGUACAGCAUCCAAAAUAAAAAAUUCAAUCAUAUCAAAGUGGAAUAAAUCGUCAUUUUCGAAAAGUAGUGAUCGCGGUGAUGACAGUGAAAGUAUACCGCAAGGAUCGAUUCCACAUCAUGAUGAAUCGCACGAGGAUUCGGUUGAGCGUCGCAUUCGUUUGGCAUCAAAAAUAUCAAUGGAAGAUGAAGAAGAACCGUUGGGAAUUUUACAAACCAAAGAGCAAAUUCAAUUGGCCAGCUAUGAUGAAGAAAAUCGAGCCAUUCAUCAAAUAUCACGGGCUCGUGAGCAAGAGUUUAAGGCCAGAAAACCGCCAUUAGUUCAUCAAGAUUCGGAUUUGAUAUCGGACGAAAGUAAUCGUGAUAUUGAUUGGGAAGAAUGUGAACGAAUGCGUAAUAAAAUAAUGGGCAUCAAACAACAUGCACCGACCUUUGAAUUUGAAGCAGAUGAACCGAAACGAGAUGCACACGGCCGACGGAUACGAACCGAUUCAAAUUUUUCUACCGAAGAAACACAAUCGUCGGGCAGUUCGGGUGAUCGUCGACGAACUGGUGUCAUUGAAGACAUUGACGAUGAUGAAUUUUUCUUGCGACAACGUGGCGUUUCACAAGAUAAUGCCGAAAUUAGCAAAUACAUAAGCUCAGCAAUUCGUGAAGGUCAUGCUAGUUAUUCGUAUGAUAACAAUGCUGACGAUUUUACCGAUGAAUAUCAUCAUUUCACAGAACAACCAAGCAAACCAUUGCGUCGUCGACACGAUGGUUAUAAUCGAAAUUUUGAAUCAUACGAUGAUUAUCGCCAUGAUAAUCUUUCCGAUCAUGAAAUUCCAGUCGCAACACAAUAUUUUCCACGACAUGAUGAUGAAAAUCUAUCGUUUUAUGACAAUGAAUUUGUUGAUGAUUUAGAUCAUCCGAACAUUUUGAGCCGCGAUGAACACUUUGAUUCGGACAUUGAUAAUGAUCGCGAAUUUCGUCCAAGCGAUGCUAAACCGCAAGUACCAAAAAGGCGUCGUAAGGGACGCAUACCACCAAAACAGGAUUCAAUUGAAACUAACGAAGAGGUUUUAGUAUAUCGAAGUGAGCCCUCGUUCACUGUACCAAUUGAUGAACAGGCAGAUGCUAGUUUUAUUGUCAAACCAAGACGUAAAAAUCGAUCAAUUUCUUCGAAAUCUGAUCCGGCACCCGAAAACCAAGAGGUCCAAUUUGAUGGAGAAACGGAAAUCCUUGAAAAAUAUUCACCGAACAAUAGUCGAUAUACCAUCGAUAUUAAAGAGACAAAUGGCUAUGCAACGGUAAAGAAAGAGCCACCAGCUCGACCACCAGCGCCAACUCGCCGUAAACGUUCAACCAAAUCACUUGGCGACACAUUGCAAGCGGACAGCUCAAGAGCUAUGUUUAAAGAUUCACCAUUUCCAGAACGGCAAAAACGUAGCUUUAACAUUUCGGCACCAGCCCGACCACCACGGAGAGGUUCAAGCUCAAGUUUGAUUGAUCAGCACAAACCACCAUCAAUUGCUCCAUCCGAUGGUACACAAUAUGAAGAAAUUGACGACGAAUUAAACGAUGAAGAUAACGAAUUUUAUCCGCCUAAAAUACAAAAUCGUCCAUUACCGCCACCGCCACGACCACCGCGCGACAAAAGACAGCGCCGAAAAUCGAAUAUCGAUCGAAAAUUCGACGACAAUGACGAUGACGCCGAGCAAGUAGCAGUUGUGGGAUCAUUUGACGAUUCUGAAUUUUCAACACGAGAAUUUGUUGGUGCCGAAAUGGCAACCCAAACCUCACUGGACAUUGAUGAUUUGUAUUUGAAUGAAGAUGUGCCACUUGAUCACGAAACAGCCGAACAAUAUUCACGUACGGUUGAAGAGAUUUUACGAAGCAGUGAUACCCAACAGCAGCAACCGCACGAUCACAGCACACGAACAAGUGAUGACAACUUAUCGAAAGGAAUACAAAAAUUUCGUGAAUCAAAUCAACGUUCAUAUUCAGAACGUUCACGUGCAUCGACCGAACGUCAAUCAAGUCGACCAAUCACACCAUCGGCAUUGAUAAUUGAACAGCGUAUUACACGUUCACCCGUUCAAAUGGAUGCGACAUUAAUAAUGCAUCCAAUUGACCAAGAUUCAUCGCCGCCAAAAAAGAUCGAUUAUCGAACCGAUUCAGCCGAAAGUGAAUAUGUUCCAUAUGCUGAUGAUGUUGAUGACACACACUUAGACACAGAGGACGAACGUAUUAUAAAUGCGGCAAUUCAACGAUAUCAAAUGUUGGGUAAUGAAAUCGACAGUUCAUUGGCGCGUGAAUCAACGCCAAAAGCAAUCGAUGAAAAUAAACAACAAGAUAUUGUCGAGAAAUCAACCAUUGAAGUGCCACAGCCACCACCACGACGAAAAUCUUCAGCAAAUGCGUCACAAAUAACGGAAACAAUUACUGUACCAUUGGCUGAAGCUGAAACAUUAUCGAUUGCAUCGACACAUGAUUUGAAUCAAUUCACACCCGAACCUGUUAAUGAUUUAUCUAGUGAAAGUGCGGAACCGACACAUGCUCAAGUUGAUUCAUUGACUGUGGUGAAUAUUCAAUCGGAUGACACAACGACGGUACCAAUCGCAAAAUCCGAAACCAAACCAAUUGUUAAUAGUUUACAAAUCACACCGGAAGUUAUGCAAGAGAUUAUUGAACGUGUACGUGAAACGUUACCUAUUCAGUCGUCUGCAUCACAAUCAGAGCCGCAGACGGCAUCACAAACAACACCACCGCCAUCACCUCAAGAAAGCGAACCAAAAGUCACACCAACGGAAACCGAAACCAACGAGAAGGUAACCGACGAAAAGAAAGAAAAAAGUGACAAUACACCAAAGCGACCACAAACACCGACUGAAUACACACCAACAACCGAAAUUCCAGCAUCAUUCUAUCAACUACGAACCGGUAUUUCUGAAGAUGAAUCAUCGUUACCACCGUCCGCCAUUCCGGCAAAACAUCGAUCACGUAAGCACACGCGUCGCGCCGAAUCGUCAUCAGACGAAGAGUGCAGCCGACGGCAUCAUCAUUCGCAUCAUGGUGGCGGUGCUGUUGCUCGUACCAACGGUCAAGAUCUUACGAUUGCUGAUCUAAGCGGUCAACUGAUUCGGGCUUGUGGUCGUGCACUUAGCUCAUCACUUAAUACAGCUGGUCAUUCAUUGGUCGAUUUUCUGCGAGGUUUAACCAAAAAUCAAGAUGAUCAACAAAAAGACCUUAGUUUAGUUUUGGUAAUUUUAAUCAUUAUUGUGGCCAGUCUCAUGAUGCUCGGCAUAAGUGGAGAUCGUUCGGUGCACCAUCAUCAUUGGGACUAUUUUAAUCCACCGGAUAACUUAGGCAGACGCUAAAUACAAUCAUCCCUUUUCUUUUCGAUUAUCAAAUCGAUUUCAGUGCUGAUAAAUUAUUGCGACGACCCAAUCGACAUUUAAUAUUCACCAAAAAAACGAGAACAAAUUGCAAGAAUUAUCCCAAACAUAUACAAAAAAAAACACACGUACACAUACAAUUAGCGAAUAGAACAUAGAGAUUAAAAUAAUUUUCAUUCAUUAUAUUCACAUGUGCUCGCACACACACAAACAUUGUAGAUGAUUAUGAUCUAAUUCAAAAUAACGUUCAUAUUACACGCACAUUGAAUUCAAUUUUCCUCUAUCUCACCGUACCACACAACGCUCAUCGGUUCAUCGAAAAACAAAAAUGUUGCAUUUUUUUGUUCAAAACGAUUUGAAGUCUUUUGGCAAUAACUCCAUUCACAAUUUCACACAUUUUCUUUCUUUCUCAUAAACGAACUACCAUUUUUGAUGAUAUUUUUUUUUUUUGGUUUGGUUU